CAGGAGGCGGGCUUUGUCCCGUUUGCGUCGACAGGCGGCAUAUUAGCCUUGGCAUAUUCCUUCGCUCUGCUCUUGGUUGCUGUAGGCUGUGCUCAACUGCGCCACGCGCGAUGGGAGAACUGGAGGAUUUGUCGACCGCGGACUCGGGCUACAACGACGACGCCGAGCUGCGCGAGGUGUUCGUCUUGCUCGACCGCGACUGCGACCUGGAGCUGAGCUUCGACGAGCUGAAGACGGCGGUGCGGGCGCUCGGCCUAGCCGUGACCGAGGCCGAGAUGGAGGAAGUGCGCGAGGAGCUCGAGGCGUGCGCAGGCCGCACGACCGUCGACUACAUGGGCUUCCUGUCGGUGCUGGCCAAGCUCGAGUUCGGACACCUGCGGCUGCCGGAACGCAGCAGCGCGCAGGAAGCAGAGACGCGCAGGGCACUUGAAAUACUCGACCCCAGUGGCACCGGCCUGGUGAGCGUCCGCGACGUGCGCUGGCUGCUGACAAGCAUCGGGGAGAAGCUGACCGUCGAGGAAGUCGACCAGGUCCUGGGCGAGCUGGGGUGCGGCGGCGAAGACGACGACCGCGUGCCCUACAAGGAACUCGUGGAAAUGCUCUUCAGGGACAGCUGAGCGAGGCGCUUCAUCGCGAAGCCCGCUAUAGCUACGAUGGCCUAUAAUAUGCUCUUCAGUUGGUCUCUGUAUAAGAUACGUACGUUAAUAAAGUGCCGGCGUUGACCUGAAUGUCAUACACCGUA